AUGUACUCGGACGAAGCCGAAGCUGCUCCCAGCAAGACGUACAGCCCCAAGAUUGAGAACAUUGUGUCUGAGGUUUCAAGCAUGACCAUUCUGGAAGUCGCCGACCUUGUUGCUGCGCUCAAGGACCGCCUGAACAUUGCUGACAUGCCCAUGGCCGUUGCGGCAGCGCCGGCUGGUGGUGCGGCGCCCGCGGCUGAGGAGCCCAAGGAGGAGCAGACUGAGUUUGAUAUCAAGCUGGUCAAGUUCGAUGACAAGGCUAAGAUCAAGGUCAUCAAGGAAGUUCGCAACAUUCUCCCCGACCUCAAGCUGGCCGAGGCCAAGAAGCUGGUUGAGGAUGCCCCACAGCCCCUGAAGAAGGGCAUUAGCAAGGAGGAGGCUGAGAAGAUCAAGGCAGUGAUUGAGGCUGCUGGUGGUACCGUUGAGAUUGCAUAA